AUGUCCAAAAACCAAUUCGAUUUGUUGGGAGAUGAUUCGCUAGUUAAAGAUUACGAAAAACACAGAAUCAUUAAUGAAAGAAAUCAACCACUACUCUUCCGAUCACUAAAAGAAAAAGAAAAAUCGAAAAAGCGAACCAAAAGAGCUGAAUUUGAACUAAUAUAUGAUAUUGAGUAUUUGUGGUUUAUAGUAUUGGAGUUUCUUCCUUUGAGAGAUUUAUUAAGAUGCUCCGUAGUGAAUAAAUUCACAUGUGGAUUGAUUCAUUCCUAUAAUUGUUAUGGAGAAAUAUUGAAAAGAGAUUUCUUUAAUAACAAUGAAAAUGAUAAGAAAGAGAUGGGAAAAAUUGUAAAGAAUAUCGAUAAUACUGGAGUUUUUGCUUACUUGAUUCAGGAUUUUAUUGGAAAAGCCAAGUUAACUCCUCAAAAAUUACAAACAAUUAAGAAUACUAUUAUGCAAGAACCAGACUCUAAAAUGAAGAGAAUAUUUGGAAAGAUUUAUUUGGCCAUUGAGGAGGAGAUUGAAAGUGUACAAGAAGAGGCAGAGCUAUUGAAGCAACAUGUUAGAAGCUUCUUGAUUGAAAAGCUUUCUAAAAAGAAGACUGAAAAUAUGAAAACUAAGGUUAAGGAAUGUGCUCACAACCAUUGUGCAAUUUCUCAAAUCAGUUUACCUCCAUUUACAUUCAGACUCGAGUGCUUGGAUUGUAAAGUGGCUGCAAGUACCAACUUUAGGCCAGAAAAUGUUUUCAGAAAGGAAGUUCGAUCAAGACUAUGUAGAUACCGAGUUCUGGACACAUCAACCAAAUUUGACAAGUAUGUCUUGAAUACUACUUCACAUUCUUUUGAAUUUGAUCCAGAUACUGUGUAUAAUUGCUAA